AUCUUUUAAAACAUUGAACAGUAAUUUCAUAGAUAAAGAAGAGUGGUCUUUAUCUGUGAUUUCAAAUAUUAUGGGAAACGAAAGAAUACCAACAAUGAUGUACGACGACGUUGCAUCGACUUCAUCUGCAAUCGCGCGAAUGAAUGAAGGUUCUAGAAAGCGCAAAGCAUCUUCCAGUCCAAUACCAGAUGAUAAUUCACAUUCACCGCUAGUAUUAGUUGUGGCCGAUGACAAAGAUGAUGAAGGGAGAGAAGAUGAGGAGGAAGAGAAAGAAAAUGGUGGCGAUGAAAUAGAUGACGAGGAAGAAGGCAACGACGAAGAAGAAAAUGGGAUCGCUCCAGCAUGGCCCAAGAGUGACGAUUGCGAGCUCUUUAAGCGUAUCCGAAAAGCAUGUCCAAAAGAUGAUGCCAUGAAGUACGAAUCGCGUGUCAACCAUUUGAACUGGGAAUCUAUUAAAUUUCAAGAUUAUUCUGCAGAAGAGUGCAAAAAUCGGUGGUUACAUGUUCAAACUCAUUUGAGGAAUUAUCGGAUCCUUGCCGAAGUGUUAGAAGAUGCUGAAUCGUGGGUAGAUGGACCAUGUUAUAAUAACUUAAACAAAAGAGGAAAGAAUGACCAGAAGCAUCCUGAAGAUCAGCCUACAAAGCCAAGAACUUCCUACAUGCUGCCCUCCAUGGAACCAAAAGAUGCUGUUUUGGAGAAGCCAUCUGGUCUGGAAGUGAAAAAUGUUAUGGCUCCAAAAAGACUGAUAUCGGCUAGUGGUCAAUUGUUAUUCAAAGCAGGAAAUAUGACUGAACCACUUAAACCACCAACGAGUGCUGCUGCUUAUUACGUUAUGACGCAUCAGUCCAGAUUUGGUGAACGUACUCCUGAUGAAAUCGAUUUUGUUUGGAUAAAGUUGUCUGUGGAAAAGAGGAAGAAGUGGAUUGAAGAACACUCAAAGAAGUAUGAAGAUUAUGUUUUGGAUAUGAUCAAAUUCGCCAAGUCAUUGAAUCCAGCCGAACUUAGAUCUUUCCGCAUAUUUAUGGAGCUCGUGGUCUGGAAGAUGGAGAUAGAAAUAGUAAAUCCAUUUCCGCAUCUUUAA